AUGAUUGAGAAGAGCGCGCGCACGACGCCCCGUGACAACCACCCCAGCCAACAACGUCCACCCUGGGCGUACUACAGCACGCUUAUUGUCAUCACUUUGUUGCCAGCCCUCAUCUAUUACCCACCUCUAUGGAAGAGUCUCAUCUCUACCUUCUCCGCAGUCAAUGCGAAGAGAAUGACCUCGUACCCCCACGAGACGAUCCAGUGGACCUCCUGCGGCAAAACAACAGACCACCCUCUCGAAUGCGCCUACCACACUGUGCCCUCGGACCACUUCAACGCCUCCAACCCGGGCACCGGCCAGUUCCCCAUCAUACGUCUCCGAGGAAAGUCCGCCGUUGCGGGGAGAAACCUUCUGGUCAAUCCUGGCGGUCCAGGCAACAGUGGCAUCGACUAUGUCACCAAGGCCGGAAAACACAUCAAUACCCUCGUCGGGGAGGACCACCACAUUGUGUCCUGGGCGCCGCGACCAAGGGCACGUUUCCAGUGGCAUCGUGCUACCCCGACGACGCAUCGCGGAAGCAACAUGGUAGCGUCAGAAACAGGGACAUUGUCGCUGAUUCACCGAACGCCUAUGCGUGGGCCCAGACCUUUGCGCAGGCGUGUCGCGAAUGCAUUUCAGUACUACAUCUCCGAGCCCGACAUGGAGAUGAUGACCGACACGGACAGGACGUUCGUUGGGUUUCUUGAAGAAUGUGUCGCAGCAGGGGACGACUGUCCCCUGACACAGGUCUCGACCUCUAAGGAUGCCCUCUUGGAGAGCACGCACUAUGGGACAAUCGACUUCAGAGGCUUAUUCAUCGAUGUGAUAUUUCCCCAUUUACAGGCCCUCUCUGGAUGGCAUCUGCUUGCUUCCAAACUGGCUCCUCUCUUGCAGGGCAAUGCGACCGAGUUCUUCCUUCAGUAUGCACAAAUGUCGCAAUACUCCAUCAACACGGACGCAUUCCACAUGAUCAUGAGCAACGAUGGCCUCACAGGUCCAGCACACUGGCCACAGGAUCUCGAGUCCCUGCUGGAAGGGAUCCUACCAAAGCUCAGGGGAUCGAGGUUCGCGAGACUGGCAAACGAGAGAUUCUACAUCAAGCAACAGUGGAAGAUCCCCAGGACACAUCCCUUCUCUCCUUAUCAGGGUGUCAAGCUCGAGACCCCGCCGUUGAUUCUCACGCAGCGGUACGAUGCUGUGACCCCUGUCGUGUCCGCCAUCUCGGCGCGAGACGCCUUCCCCGGGUCCAGGAUGGUGAUCAUCAAUGGGUACGGACAUUGCAGUACUGCCCUGCCAUCUCUCUGCAGUGCACGGAUCCUCAGGACGUAUCUGAACGAGGGCAGGCUGCCCGAAACUCAUGAGGAGUGCGAGGUGGAUGGUCCCAUCUUUGUCAGGAAAGGGGACGAGGACGACAAGAUUCCCAAAUACGUCUGGGAAGACGAGGAGAAACGCAAGACGUACAUGGCCAUGCGCGACUUUAUGAAAGAUCUGCUAGAAGGGUAG